AUGGACCAAAUUCCCUAUUUCGCAUUAGACCAGGCCGACCCAACCAAGGCUCGACAUGUACAAGACAGCGCUUUCAAAGAAUCUCUUGAUGUGCUACAGAGGAAUGAUCCCGACUCAGCAGGCAUCACAGUUCUUUUGAAGCUGCUUUUCAGCCUAUCGAAAUUGGUUGUUGUAAAGUCGGAGCUUGGGCUAAGUCAAGAUCCAGCUCUGAUGGAAACACUACACGCUAUCGUAUACAUUACCUUAACCCUACCACGCUACAACGAACACGUCAUAGGUGAAGAAGACCCCUUGACACCCAUUCAAGCGACUUACGAAGCAGUUCGUCUGGCAGUGAUCUUGUAUUUGUCCGGGCCCGUGAUGUUUGUGGCUGGCAACAAGUUCUCCAAUCCGGUGGCUUCUCACCUUAGAGGGAAAUUACCAAAGCUCCUCAAGGCGGACAUCAUCGACUGGACAGGCUUAGAACAGGUUGAGCUGUUUGUGCUGGCUUUUGGGGCCGUGACGGAAGUAGGAUCCCAAUUAAACCGCACCAUGUUGGAACGGGGCCUGCGAUGGAAUGACUUGGUCGAUAACUUACGCUCAAUGGCAUGGAUCGAUAUUGUCUGGUCGGCCAAGCUGAACGGGCUGCGUGGUGACUUGGCGCAUGUCAGUGGCAGCUAG